AUGGCGACGGGCCCGCGGAAGGACAAGCCGAGCCGGCCCAUUAGCUCGAUCGGGCAGAGCAGCUUCCAGCUGCACGCGACGCAUGAGUCGUCGUCAUCAGCUGACGACGCGUUCGACAUCAAGCAGUUUCUUCUCGAAAAGAAGAGCGGGCAGCCGCCGUACGCAGCGUCCGGGCUCUUCCGCACCAACGCGCGCGACUUUGCCGAGGCCGUCGACGCGCCGCUCUCGUUCACUCGCGUCCUCAAGAAGAAGCAGCUCCCGCGCAUGACACGGUCGACGCCAAAUCUAUCCAAGCCCGGACACACCACAGCUGUGAACCAAUCGUCCGAGGCCGACCAAAGCGUGGUCGGGUACCGCAUCUACUCGAUUGAAAACAUGAUGGAUGCGUCGUUGCAUGCGAUUCGAUCGCAGAACAUGACGUGGCAGACCCUCCGGACGAGCGACCUGCGUCUCGAGUGUCCGUCCAAGCGCAGCGACGUUGUCGACCUUGAACACUGCUUUGACGCGGCCAUGAGCUAUGCCAGCGGGCCCAUCAACUGGGACGGCGACCGCCAAACCGCGCUCAUUGACCGCGACUACAUGUCGGUGCAGAGCCACGUGUCGGCCAAGUACAUGGCGUCCGUCUCGGAGGCCGAAGUCCGCCAACUGACGACCAUGGUUUUUGAGCAAAAGUGGGCGGACAUUACGAUCGGCGAGCUCGAAGCGAUGCUCAUGGUGUCCUUCCUCGAGCAAGGCACGCUGCUGCGCAAGGUGCGCAUCCAGUACGCCAUGACGUAUGCGAACCUCGAGACGCUUCUCGGCGAGAGCCUCGUCGUCAAAGCGCGCGCGGUGCAAGCUGAGGCCGACAUGCGCGCCAAGCUCGAGAGCUUGGGCCACGAGCACGCGGCGGCCAUCGCAGCUCUGCGCCUCGACGAUGAGCAAGCGCUGCAAGUGCUGCGCGCCGAGAUGGAGCACGAGCGUGGGGAGGCGGACCGCAAGAUCCAAGACGCGCGCGACCAAGUGGCCAAAAUGAGCGAGACCAUGAAGACGCUCAACGGCAUCUUCAAGCAGAUGCGCGAAGACUCGGACAAGGUCCGCGCCAUGGAGCUCAAGGAAGCCAACCAAAAGCUCGAGAAGCGAUGCGAUACGCUCAAAGAUGAAGUCGACCGCCUCCGAAGCCUCAUUCCUCGCAUCAAGGUCUUGGAAGCGACGACCGAGACACAGACGUCCGAGAUACAACGUCUCGAGCGCGACGUGGCCGAUGCCCACUCUGUCAUUGCAGAGAAGGAGGCCAUCAUCGAAGAUCUACUCCAUCGCCAAGAGCAGCUGCUCGCUCGCCUCGAGAUCCAAGCCACCAAGGGCAAGCCCGACCCCGACGCGUCGCCUGGUACCGACGACGGCGCUGGGCUCUGCCGUCACUGUCGUGGGGCACUGGACGACGACGGGGCACCACCGAUGGCGACCGCAUCGGCAGCCGCCGACGGGAAUGUAGUGGGUAGCGGCUACGUACCGACGUUGGCCAAGCCCCGGGAGCAAGGCAAACGCGUGCACUGCCAGUCGUUUCGCAUCCUACUGCCCAACCUCCAGGGACGUCGCCCGACGCGCGAGGCGAGCUGGACCCUUGGCUGCAUCCGGUCGCUGCUGGCCGCCAAGAUGGAAGACGACGGCAUCUGCUUCCUCGGGAACGUUCCAGGGCGACUGCGCAUGACCGAGUUCGUCUACACGUGGUUCAGUCCGCUCGAAACAGAGCUCUGCUUGCUCUCGCCCGACCAGCGCGACCACGCCUACGCCCGCGCCGACGAAGCGCGCUGGUGCUUGUACUACGGCGCCAAAGUGCUUUCCAAAGACUGCGUCGAGGCCAAGCUCUUUCUCUCGUUCCUGGAUGAAAAGCACGGCGACGACGAGCUUGUCUUUGCCCUCUACUGCCUUCGGGCGCUCGAUGCGCUCGAGCGCGGUGAGCUUCGCUGGAGCCCGCUGCGACGUGCGCCGCACUACGAAGCGUUUGCCUCCGAGUGGUCGGCGCAUGCGAGCAUUACGGGCGAGAUCGUCCAAGUGCCCCGCAUCGUCUGGAUCCCGCUGACGCUCGCGUCGCAGGCAACGGCCAUCGUCCUCGCCAAGGCGACAGCCGACGAGCGGUUCGAUUUUGACCUGAAACUCAAGGCGCUUUCGGUGCCGACGCUGCCGGACGGCGAGGCCUGCGCCAGCCGCAACGAGACGCCGCCGUUCGUGGAUGCGCACCAUUGGCUCCAGCUCAUGCUGCAGGAGUACCGGGAAGAGCAAGCCCACCGCCGCGCCGCGAUCCGGCUCAUGUUUCAGACGGCGUCGUCCAACCAGGCGCCGGCGACCGAUGCAAACGACGCCCUCUCGCACUCGAGCAACGCCGAGAUGGACAUGGAGCAGUUCCGGGCCAUGAUGCUCACGCUGCAAGCCGACGUGAGCUGCGCGACAAUCGUCGCCUUCUUCCGCCUCUCGUACGACCGCGGCGGCGGCCACGUGACUUUUGACGCGUUCAUGGACACGGCCGAGGAGCGCCAGUUUUUUGCGCAGUGCAUGUGCUUGGCGUCGCCCGGCGUGCUGGCGGCGCCGCGCAUCAACUCGCCCCACGCGCACCUCGGGUCGCUCGUCGCCAAGCACUACACGCUGUACGAGAACGACUUGUAUGCACUCGUGAGCACCCUCCCGCCGUACACCCAGGCGCUGGCCCGUCGCGCGUUGGCCGAGACGUCGGGGUAUCUGCGCGAAGGACGGGGCGCGGCCAUUGACGGCUUCCGCGCCCUCGCGGCGUACCACCGCGCGGCCACGUUCCACCUCUGGCACUGGCUCACGCGCACCGAACUUGGCGGCGUGUCUGCAUUGCCGCCGACCGCGCUGCGGCGGCUCGACAAGCUCCUCGGCGGCGACCUCGACGCGACGCGCGAUGGCCCGCCACAUGCGACCCACCACGCCGGCGAGCGCUUGCUGAGCAUGGUGCGGAAGAAGAUCGCGAUCCAUCGGCUCCAGCGAGCGUUCCGCGCGCGGCUCAAGCGCGACCAAGGCGUGCCCCUCAACAUGCGGGAGCUCAUGCACGACGGGUACGGCAGCGGCAAGACGAGCUACCGCAGCCGGCGCGUCGUGCGCUCGACCAAGUGGCUUCUCUGUGUCAUCUCCGAUCUUAUCCGCGCGCGCGCCGAAGUCGACGCGUCGGCCGAGCAACAACCGUUCAUCGAGUUUGUCUACGACUACUUUCUGGCGCGCUUUGGGUCCCGGUGGGAGGCCGAGAAGAUCAUUCACGACGUGUUUGUCAAUACGCGGACGAUGGUGCUGUCCCACGCGCGCAUUCUGCUCUUCUCGCAGCUCUGCGGCAUGGGCGCGAGCGGCGAAGAUGUCUACUACCGGUCCCCCCAAGCCUUCAACUUUAUCAACAUGGUGCUCCACGCCGGGUACCACACGUUUCCGCUUCUCCACCCGGACGCGGGCGCCGCGUACGAGUACGUCAAGCACGAAGAUGCCGUGUGCCUCAUUCAAGCCUUCUUUGGCUCGGUCGACGUCGAGAACCACGAUCGGAUGCUCGGUCGACUACGCGAGCUCGAGCACAUGAGUUUGCAGCCCAAGACGUCGGACGCCGACGGACUGCUGCUCUUUCUGUUGGAAGAGUGGCGACGUCAUGUCUUGGACCGCAUGGGCCAAGUCCGCGUCAUGUGCAUUGCCGACAAGGACUUGCUCGCGAACGACGAGUAUCUCUCGCUCGACCAGCUCCUCGUCGUCUUCCGGCGCAGCGGCUUGAGCGUCUCCGAGGUCGAAGGCGCGCAGGUGCUGCGCAAGGUGCUGCAGGGGGCAGCCACCGCGGCCAUUGCGUCGACACCGCACGUCUCGUUGCUGGAUCGCAUCGUGGCGCACGUCUUUCCGAUCGCUUGCCAAGAAAUCACGAUUUCGGAGCUGCAGCCGCUGCCGCCGCCCAACUUUGGCCAGCUCACGUACCUCCUCAUGUCGUUUUGGGCACCGUACGAAGCGUCGGGAAAGAUGCUCCUCGAAGAGCUCAAGGCCAUUGGUGUCAAGAACGAUAUCGAGCACGCGAUGAAGACCGUUGACGCGCCCGACGCGUCGACGCUCGAGCAAAACCGGCGCCGGAGCCGCCUCUCGGUGCUCGUGAAAGCCGACCACUUUGCCGCCAACGACGCACUGGACCUCGAAGACAAGUUUAAAGCGGUGCAGCACAAGAUGCAGCGGCUCCUCGUGCUCCAAAACGGCCAGAGCGACGCGUCGAUCGGCCUCUCGCAUGUGACAGACGCCACCGUCGCGUUUCGGCAAUACCUCUCGGAAGCAACGCGCCUCCGCGCCGUGGCCAAGCUCGGCAUGGGGCCGCUGCCCGACGCCACGCCCGACGCCACGCCCGACGCCACGCCCGACGACGGGACCCACGACGGGACCGACGACGCGACCGAAACGUAG